AUGUCCGUUACGGUUGUUCCAAAAAAUAAUUUAGAACAACAACUUAAAUGGCUGACGGAAAACAGACCAAAGCGUCGUGUGCCCUGUUCUCCGUUAGACUUACAACAGAACACGAAAUGUUCACGUGUUUAUUCAAACAAAGAAAAUAUCGACAUAAAUAACUCGCUUACCGGGACUUCCGAACAAAACGCAAUCAUUUUGGAUGAUGAUAGCACGAUCUUAAAUACUGAUUUUACUAUAAGUACUAAAACUUAUGAAGAAUGGAUAAAUGAUUUUGAGCCGUUUACCGAAGAAGAAUUAAAAAGUGAUUUAGAGGCAUUAGGCCUUAAAGAUAUUAUUAAAAAUGUCGGUGACAAAAAUAAUGUUGAUGCAAAUGCUCAAACGUACGAAACAUACGAUGAUUUGAUUAAAGAUUUCGAACCAUUUACCGAAGAAGAAUUAAAAAGUGAUCUAGAAAAUUUUGGGCUUAUUAUUUCACCGAGCACGUCAUAUGUAAAGCAUAACACCGAAGUUCCAACGUUUAAGCUUGAUCUUAAUUUCUCUAAAUUAGAGUGCAUUGACAUAACGCAUGACUUGUGGCCAGAAAACCACCAGGAUCUCGUAAAUAUGGGCUAUGAGGAGUUGAAACAAUGUUUGUCUACAGCUCAGUUUAUUAAAUGUAAAAUUGGUGAUGAAUUGUGUGAUUUGAUUGAAAAUAGUACAGGUGAUGAUUAUCGAAAAACUCUAUUACGUAAAAAAAGAGUCGAUUCUUUCCAACGAAUUGAGGCAAUAAAAGAAAAACUAAAGUUAUCAAAUAGCUCAGGCGUCACACAAACACUUGUAGGGUCAAAAAGCACCUUGAAUAAGUUUCAUAUCGCAGAAAACAGAACUACAUUCUUUAAAAGCGCAAGUGAUAUUCAUUUGAAUAAUAACAACAAUAAUGAGGUUUAUUCGGUUUCUUCUGACAGAUUAAUAUCUGGUAAUAAUAAUGUUGUUGAUUCUUCUUCACAAGAAAACGCCGAUAUUUUUAAGGUAUUGCGUGGUAACUUUAAAUUAGAAACGUUUCGACAAAAUCAAUUAGAGGCAAUUAAUGCGACAUUGCAGAGAAAAGAUGUUUUUGUAUUGAUGCCUACCGGAGGCGGAAAAAGUUUAUGUUAUCAACUACCAGCUGUAUUGGAUAACAUUAGAACUAACAAAGUCACUAUUGUAAUUUCUCCAUUAUUAUCGCUUAUUCAAGAUCAAAUCCAGCGAUUAAAUCAUCUUAAAAUUCAUGCAUUGGAACUACAGGGUGAUCAUGAUAUAAACCGUCGAAAUUUGGUGUUUCAUGAAUUAGAAAAAUCAGCACCAACACUUGUGCUACUUUACUUGACACCAGAGAUGCUAAAUAGAAGUAAUCGUGUCAUGGAUUUAAUCCAAUCUCUUCACCGUCGCGGGCGAUUAGCACGAUUUGUGAUCGAUGAAGCUCAUUGUGUAAGUCAGUGGGGUCAUGAUUUUCGACCAGACUACAAAGAUCUUGGACAAUUGAAGGUGAAAUUUCCUAAUAUUCCAAUGAUAGCACUCACAGCAACAGCAACUGCUCGAGUUAAAGAAGAUGUGAUCCACAAUCUAUCAAUGAAACAUUGUGAAAUAUUUAUUCAGGGUUUUAAUAGAAGCAACUUAAUAUAUCAAGUUUGGAAUAAAAGUAAAAAUGUAGAUACACAAAUCGGUAAUUUUAUUCGGUCACAUUAUCUAAGAGAGACAGGGAUUAUUUAUUGUACUUCAAAAGCUUCAUGUGAAGAUGUUGCCCAAAUGCUUUGUAAGAAAGGACUAAAUGCAGCAUAUUAUCAUGCUGGGUUGGAUAAACGUGAUCGACAAAGGAUUCAAGAAGAUUGGCAUUCCAACAAAGUUCGAAUAAUCGUAGCAACCACAGCAUUUGGGAUGGGAAUUGACAAACCAAAUGUUCGUUACGUAAUUCAUUAUUCACUUCCACAAUCGUUAGAAGGAUACUAUCAGGAGACGGGACGUGCAGGCAGAGAUGGAAAAAAAUCAAAUUUACGGAGAAUGUUAAAAUAUUGCGAGAAUAAAUAUGACUGCCGUCGGCAACAAAUUUUGGCAUAUUUUGGUGAACUAUUUAAUUCAAACCAAUGUCGUAAAACCUGUGAUAAUUGUGAAAUGGCAGCCACGGCACGAAUAAUUGAAUUUGAUGCUACAGACGUAGCAAAGGAGAUUAUACGAUUGGUGGAUCGGAAUAAGCACGCAGACGUUACCAGUAAUCAAUUUAUAAGUAUGAUGAAGACAGAGAACAGUAAAAAUUUUGCCUCAAUUGUUCAAAGGAAACAUUUAGUACUCCCACCCGAAUUUAAACCCUCAACUCUAUCAAAGGAUCAACUAGAUAAGCUGAUUAAGACAAUGAUACUACAGGAAUUUUUAUUAGAACAAAAUCAACCAAACAAUCAAGGAUAUAUCACCUCUUAUAUAAAGGUUGGGAUCAAGUCUAAUGAUUUGUUAAGGGGUAAGGAAACUAUAACAUUGAAGAUGAUAUCUUGA